GACUAUCGUUGAAUCAGCUGUAACACAUCUAAGCAAUGGUUCGGUUGUUGCAUAUGAUAUUUAACAAAAAAUAACAAAUUGAAAUCCGGAUUUCCGGAUAGGUAUAUUAUUCGUUAGAACAAGACAUUUUGAUACGUUAUUUUGAUAAUUUUUGUCAUGGCGAUAGUGUCCGACAGCAAAAUUCACAUCAAAAACAUGUCAGAAUUUGGUAAUUUUCAGUUGCCUGUAGAUGUAAUUAUACACGUAUUAUCAUAUCUGUCUACAUCUGAUAGGUUGGCAGCAGGAUUAGUUAAUAAAACAUGGCAUGAAGCAUCUCUUGCCAUGAAGUUUGUGGAUCAAAUAGAAUUGGUACUUGGUCGACCACGUGCAGACAAUUUGAAUGAAGUGAUAGAACUGUUACAGCAUUCUACAAGACCAUUUUAUCACUUUGUUUUUAGAGAAGUAGAAUUAAAGAGGAAUAUGCCAAUUUGGGAUCAAUAUGGACCUCGCAUGAAAAGUUUAGCACUGUUGUGUUGUGAUUUAAGUGAAAAAACAUUAGUAGAAAUUUUUAAAUGUUGUAAGUCUUUGAAAGUAUUGCGUGUUAAUGCUUGCAGAGAAUGUCUAAUGUCUGGCAGGCUUCUAGAAGAUCAAAAUGACAUAAAGGAACUUUCAGAAACGUUUAAAAAUGUUCAUGAAUUAGACCUUGGAUAUAAUCGUUUUUUAAGCGAUGCACUUUUUAACAGAUUAGUUGCCACAUGCCCAAACUUGGAAUCUCUAAGUCUCAUGGGUUGUCAGAUAUCCUUUCAUUGUGGACUGUACAAGAAAUUUUAUCCACAAGUAUAUGACUUUUCAGAUGCUUCAAAAUCAGUGCUGACUUUCUUGAAUACAUUACAGUAUCUCAGACAACAAGCACAUAAUCUGAAGUAUUUGAAUUUUAGUUACACUUUAAUUGACGGAACUGCUUUAGCUACUUUAUCAGCUUUACAAGAUUUGAGACUGGAAUCUUUGAUAUUACAAGGAUGUUAUCAAUUAACUAUAGAAGGCAUUAAAGGUCUGACAAAGUAUCAAACUUGUUUGAAAGUCCUUGAUAUUAGUUUUUGCGUGCGUAUUACAGACGCCAGUUUAUUCUGUAUUUGUAAAAAUUUGACAAAGUUGGAGGUACUUAGAAUAAAACAAUGUCGUGCAAUAACCGAUAUUGGUAUAAAGUAUAUUCAAUUAUUAAAACAUUUAAAAGAACUCGAUAUUUCAAAAGACGAACGACUUACUGGCGAUUCUAUUACUCAUGGUCUUUGCUCUAGUUUUAAUAUAAUAGAUGAUAACAAUAUGGAGCAAGAUGUUGAUGAAAAUAUUAGUUUCAUUUCUUCGCAAAAGAAUUAUGUCACAGAAGAAAGGAUAAGAAAAGAAAACAUGCGAAUAUUAUCAGCAAAUGCAUUGAAUCUUCAUGAAGAAUCAGUUGAAUGUAUAUCUAAAUCUUUCCCAAAUUUAAGGCAGCUUGAGCUUAGUUACUGUUUUAACGGCGUUACCGAUAAAACAAUACAGAUGAUAUUCAAGGAGCUUGUACAUUUGCAAACAUUAAAAAUAAGCCAUUGUGAUGAGGUCAGUGAUGCUGGCUUAACGGGUAUGGGUACUGGUAACCAUGAGUAUGUCGAAAAAAUACAAGUUGUACAUGAACCAGAAUUUACAGAAUCCAGAUUAAGAAUCAGUUUACGCUCAAAGGCCGAAGAGGAAAUAGUACGUGACGCUGAUCGAAAACGAGAAAUAAUGCAGCUUUGCGAAAAUGUAUCAAAGCCUUUAAAUUCGUUUUCCGGAUAUUCUUUAAUCAGGCUUAAAUGUCUCCAAGAACUUGAUCUUUCUGGAUGUAAUAAAAUUACCGAUGUCAGUUUAAAACAUGCAUUCGCCUUUUCAGAAUUAAAAGUUUUAAAUUUGAGCCAAUGCCAACAGAUUACACAUAUCGGAUUGGAUUACUUAUCAAAAAAUAAUCCAGCAAUCGAAUACUUAAAUUUAAACCGCUGUUAUAAUAUAUCUGAUAUCGGCGUAUCUUAUCUUGCACAAAGGUUGCAUAGAUUGAAACGACUUUUCAUUCAGGGAUGUUCACAACUCACGGAUCACACUCUCGAUUCUAUUAAAUUGUACUGUAAAAGUUUAUAUUACUUGGAUACACGUUAUUGUCGCGGAAUGACAGCAGCAGGUAUUGAAAGUUUAAGACAUUUAUACAUCGAUUGGCAUAAGCAAACAGAUGCUUCUGCAGAAAGUGAAAUAUUACCACCACCUGCUCCGCCUUUACCGUCAUUACCAUCUUUGCCAUAGAGACGGCUUCAAUAUUUCCUUUCGCAUUUCAAGAAUAGGAUAAGGGAAAACUGAAGUAUUACUUUAAAAGCUAAAAAUAAAUAUAUUACGAUAAAAAGAUUUAAUUUAACAGAAAAUUUUCCAGACGGAUGUUUAUAAGAAGAUUAUAUCGAGGUUUGUAAAAUAUUUUAAAAUAUUUACGUAGAAAUUUUUGAUUCUAUAUGUAUAAUAACGCGAAGAACAAGAAAUUACAGUAUAUCAAAUAUUUGACAACGAUUUGAAAAAUAUGAAAUGUAAGAUUAAAAACGACUAUUCAUACUUAUAAAAAAUUGAGUGAUAAUGCGAUAUUAAUUAAGUGCAAUAAACCAGCUAUAAUAUAUAAUUUAAAGAAUUAUAUAAUUUUUCAUUAAUUGGUAAGUAAUUAAACAGUAAAUGAUAUUAAUAAAUAAACAGUAAACGAGUAAUUAAUUUAUGAUUUUGUAAUGAAUUUUAUUCUGCUUUAUGAUAUAACUUAUAAUUAAACUUAUUAAUUAGGAUAGAAAUAAUACAAAUAAUAAUUACGUACAAAACUUUAUACAUGUUCUAAGGACUCAUCGCUUUUUCUGAUGCUCAUAAUUCGAAAUUACUGAUAUUCGUUGUAUUUUAAAAACUUAAAAAUUUUUGUAUAUUAAAAUAAAAAAUUUACUAAAAAUUCUUUUUUGAAUAGAUAACUGCAAUUGAAAUGAUGAAAGUAUUUUUAAACAAAUUUUUGUACAUAGAAUAACCUGCAACCAACAAAACUAUAGUAAUACUAAAAUUUGGAUCAAAAUAUUUUUAUGGAAAUGCUGCCAUUAAAAAAUAAACGUAAUAAAAUAAAUGUAAAUAUAAUUUAAUUGGACUUGCAGUAAAGAUUAUAUCAGUAUCAUUAUAUAAAAAAAUAAUAUUAUUCAAGUAUUACUCUUUUCAACAAAUUGUUCAAGAUAUUAAUGUUUAAAUAUAUUGUAAUAAAUGCUUCGUUAAUAUACUGAAAAUUUUUUAGUAUUUUUAAAUAAUCAAAAUUUCUUGAAUGGUGCGUUACUGUGCACAAUUUGUACAGAAUAUUUAUAUAGGGAUAUGUAUAUAAGAUGUAUUUAUGUAAACAAUGAUCUAAAUUUUAUUUAGAAACAAACAAAUUUAACAUUAAUGAUAGUUUUAAUGAUGGUUUAUCUGUGUCGAAUAAAGUAAUUUCGAUUAAAAUUGUAUUUCUCUAAGACAUUAUUAAUUAAUCAGUUUUUUAAAUAUAGAUAUAUAUUUAUCACGUUAGUUAUAGGCAACAGAAUAAAGUCAAUUUCCAUUUGUGAUAUAAUAAAAAUAAGAAUAUAGAUAUAGAAUUUACAUGAUAGAUGUUGAUGAAUAAAACUUGCAAGUUCUUUUUCUCAAUGUUUUCCAUUCAAUAUUCAGAUGUCCGUUUUAAUUUAUUCUUUAAUUUUAUUAUAACUAGUAUUUUUAUAAUUAGUAGUAAAACACGCAAUUCAUGAUCAGAAAACGAAGAAUCGUUACACGUUUGUAAUUAGUUCGAUCCUAUCCUUUUGUACAAAACAUUUAAUGCAUCACAAAAUUGGAUACCUAUGAGCAGUGUAGUAUCAACUAUACUUCUGUAUAGGAUACAUCAUUUUGAUUUUGUUACAUUUUUAGUUGUAAUUUGAUCUUCUAUGGGUAAGUGAAUAGUCAUUUGGAAUAAAUAAUUUCUAAAGCGUGUAUUUAACCAAAUUAUAAAAAUUUGAUUUAACAAUUCGAAACAAACACUUGAAAUUGAUAAAAAAGAAGUUAAAAAAGUUAGCUCAUAGAAGAUCAGUAACAAUUUUCUUUAAAUAUUCCUAAAAAGGCAUUCUAAAGUUUUCACAUAUUGUAUUGUAAAUUAACAGACGCUUAAUAAUUAUAUAAUAAAAGUAAUAUUAACACAUAGAUAAGUAAUGUAAAUGGGUUAAAUCUAAGAAACUAUCAAAUGUGUUGAAGUUAUCUUUAAGAUAUAGAAAAAAAAAUAAACUACAUAAAUGUACGGUUGACACUUCACUGUAUAUGGAAUUAUAUAAUAUAUGCUAAGUUUUUUAUGAACUUGUAAUGCAAUAUAAACUUUUUUUCUUGGCAAAUGAAUAUAAAAAAAAAUCUACUCAUUACUAAAUUAAAAUAACAUGUUAAUCUGAAAAAGAUUAUAGUGUACUAUUCUAUUUUUAUUAUUUUCUGAUAUACACAAAUUUGUUUUAUCUUUUUAUCUUUUAAAGAUUCAACAUUAAGAUUUCAGUGUUCGAUGAAAGGUAUUUAUAACUUUGAACUUUCUAUUGUACACAAGUUCACAUACAUUGUGUAUCUGUGUGUGUGUGUGUUUGUAUUAGUAUGAGCAAACAAUUUUUAUUCAAAAUAAAAGUAAAUAUUUUUAUUCUAUACAAUAUAGAGCAAAUAGUUAAAUAUCUCAAUUACAUAAAUACUCUGAAUACUUACUUAACACUCUGCUUACUUAAUUCUUCUUAUAUCAUGCAAAUUUAUUUACAUAAUUCGUUAAUGUGAUAUUUUUAUUAAUAAUAUUAAUUUCAUGACACACUCAAAA